UGACAUUUUCUUGCAUAUGUGGAAUUGAUAUCUUUUACAGUCGUUUCAGUCUUUAAAAAAUUUAUAAUUUAGUUUAUAAACGUCCAUUAAGUUUUACUUCAAUACAAAUACUUUAAAUAAACAUAAUCAUGACGUCAGAUUGGGAUGAAAUCAAACGUUUGGCGGCCGAUUUUCAAAAAGCCCAGCUUUCUACAAGCCUGCAAAGGCUAUCGGAACGGAACUGUGUUGAAGUGGUUAGUUUGCUUAUUGAAAAAGGGUUAUUGGAGGUCAUUUUUACGACCGAUGGCAAAGAAUAUUUAACUCAAGACCACUUGGCCUCCGAGGUGAAAGAUGAAAUGUACGUCCGAGGGGGGCGAGUUAAUCUUGUUGACCUAGCUAAGGUGUUGAACGUAGACUUCGAAAAAGUACAACGUGUAGCAGAAGCUAUCGUGAAAAAUGAUGGCUCGAUUAAAUUUGUACUUGGGCAGCUGAUUGAUGAAUCGUAUAUGGAGCGGGUUGCUUCCGAAAUCAAUGAGAAGUUGUCUCAAGUUGGAGAGAUCAAUAUAGCUGAAUUAACGGUUGUCUAUGAUUUACCAGCAGAUUUUAUCUUAAAUAAUAUUGUGUUGAAGCAUUUGAACAAAGUUAUUAUGGGCAAACAAGAUUCGUCCAACGCAAACAUCUUCUUUACCCAGUCUUACGUGACGAGAAGUAAAGCCAAAAUCCGUGGAGCCCUAGCAGGAAUAACUAAACCAACUCCAGUGUCUGCCAUCCUAGUACAAACUGGAGUACCAGAGAGAAUGUUUUUCUUAUUGGUUAAUGAAGUAGCCACUCUGGGAAGCGUUACCUCAAGAAGCCCUGGAGCACAGUACAUUCCACACAUCUACACUCGAACACAAACUGAAUGGGUUCGUAGUUUCUAUCGACAAAAUGGUUAUCUGGAGCACGAUUCAGUGGCCGGUUUAGGUGUAUCUGAUGUUAAAAAUUUUAUCAACAACCAACUCGUCAACGAAAAAAUAAUCCAUCUCAAGAAAUGUAGCGUAGGCGAAAAGUUGAUUGACCAAAUAACGUCUUCUCUAGAUGAAUGUAUCUCGUCCAAUACAUAUUUGGAUAUUUCAACAGUUUUGCCAUCGGUUAUGAGCGACGAAGAUGUCGAGCAGCUUAUAUCGAUGGUUCUUACUCCGGCUAAACAGAAACAGACGCUGAUUUUCGGCAACACGAUUCUCACUACAAAAUUCCUAGAUGACAUCGUUAAACCAUGCUACGAUAUAGCACAGGUGAAUGCCAAACAAUCCGUUGACAGUGGUAGCUAUCAACAGUAUAUGGCUGAAAAAAUGAUGAAACAUCAGGAUCCUGCCGAAAAAGACACAAAUAAUGAUGGUCGUGCAGACAAACGAGAAGAGCGACGCAAGAAAGCUUCAGGUGGUAAAGGUGGUGGCGGGGCUCAAGGAAGGGAAACGAAAACUAAAUCCACCAAAAAACACUCGCGGGGUCAGCGUGGAAAUAUUUCAGAUUCUGAUGAUGACGAACCCAGAGUUGUUAGUGGUGGUUCCGUAAAAACCAACAACAAGGCUGGAAGUGGAAAAGAUGCGUCCAUCGAAUUGAUAACGAUUAAAGAAAUUUUCAAGGUGUUGGAGUCCGGUUUAGAACCAGAGGGAUUGGAAGAUUUGUCAAAACAGUUGGCACAGCAUUAUCAUCCUCAUUUCAGCAAAAUGGCUUUGACAAAAGCGCACGAGCUGUAUGAAAUAUCACUGCAUCAGAAUAAUCAAAACCGCCGUCAAACACAUGCGAAUCUUCAGGAUAAACUAAAUAAUUUGUACAACGAUAUUCGCUUGUACGAUAAAGGCAUCAAACUUCUACCAACAGAUGUACAGUCGCAGUUGGUUAAGUACCUGCUAAAAUCGUUGGGUACAGACUUCUGCAAUGAAAUCUUUUUCUAUGUGGCAGCAGAAUGUAAUCUAAACAGUAGCAACGGAACAACGCUUACAGCGGAGCAACGCACAAAGAUUACCAAUGAUUGCGAUGCUGAAUACAAAACAGCUCUACAGGCUCUUCACAAAUCGCUUACGGGCAGCGCUUCUAUCGACGAUUUCCUAUUGGUUGCGGAGAACUCACUACAGGCUUGUAGUAUGAUCGUCAAAAAAAUUGAUAAGAAAAAAGACCGGAAUGUUAUUCUUUGCCACAAGCACGGACUGCUGGAGCAGCUGAGCAAUUGUGUGGAUCCUGCACUCGUUUUACAUUUAGCCGUGCUUAUCAUAUUCACUAUUACCACCCAAAAUAUGCUCCAUGCUUCUGGGCGCCACGUGUCAGCAAUUUUGAGUUUCCUGCAGCCUUCACUCACCGGAGAGCAGUCUACCACAUUGACCACUUAUCAUGAUUUGGUGCUGAAAUUGCUGAGCUCGGAAAAUACUUCAGAUGAAAUUACAAAACACCUAGAUGCAUUAACACCAGCCGUCAAAGAAAUCGCUAUAAGUUACAAGAAAGCUGGCGUCACAAUUGCCGAAUAGUGAAACGCAAAAAAGUGCAUUUUUAGUUCCGAUUGAUUGUUACAUAAGUGCUUUGAAACGAUUAUUCUUGUUUCGCUUUGGUUUGUUUUGAAUAAAGUGUUUUCAGUAUAUGCUGGUCAA